AUGGCCGCUCUCCGCCACCUCGCCGGCGCCACCCACAACCACCGCAUCGCGGCCAGCUCCUCCUCCCUCUUCGACCUCCAGCGGCCGCCUUCCUGCCUCGCCGCGGCGCGACCCCUCGGCCUCGCGCCCCUCCGCUCCCGCUUCACCCGGCUUUACGCGCUGUCGAGCAACGACAUCAAGGUGGGGUUCAAUCUGGAGGUGGACGGCGCGCCGUGGAAGAUUCUUGAGUUUCUCCAUGUCAAACCUGGAAAAGGUGCUGCUUUUGUGAGGACAAAAAUGCGCAAUUAUAUCACUGGCAACACAGUUGAGAAAACCUUUCGAGCUGGAAGUACGAUCCAGGAAGCUUCUAUUUCAAAGGAAACCAAACAAUUCACCUACAAGGAUGGCUCCCAGUUUGUGUUCAUGGAUUUGUUGUUAUUUGUACAUGCUGAGAAGAACCGGUGGGUAGCCAAUGGCAAGGAUAUCCAUCAGACAUCCUUUGAAGAAAGCCGCUUAAACGAGUCAGAUGUUGGCGACAGGCAGAAGUGGUUGAAAGAAGGAAUGGACUGCACUUUGUUAUACUGGAAUGGACGGAUCAUUGAUUUUGAUCUCCCCAUCACUGUUAGGCUGACCGUAACCGAGGCUGAUCCAGGGCAAGGUGACAGUGCACAAGGAGGAACAAAGCCUGCAACCCUGGAGACAGGAGCUGUUGUCAAUGUGCCCUCUUUCGUUGAUGUAGGCGAUGAUGUCCUAAUUGACUCGAGAACCGGGCAGUAUAUGAGCCGAGCAUAG